CAACUUUCAACAGCACUACCACUCGCACCAAAUUUUUCAACAGCACUUCCAAUCGCACCAAAUCUUUCUACAACAAUACCAAUCGCACCAAAUCUUUUAACAGCACUUCCAACCGCACCAAAUCUUUCAACAGCACUUCCAAUCGCACCAAAUCUUUCAACAGCACUUCCUAUCGCACCAAAUCUUUCAACAGCACUUCCAAUCGCACCAAAUCUUUCAACAGUACUUCCAAUCGCACCAAAUCUUUCAACAGCACUUCCAAUCGCACCAAAUCUUUCAACAGCACUACUAAUCGCACCAAAUCUUUCAACAGCACUACCAAUCGCACCAAAUCUUUCAACAGCACUACCAAUCGCACCAAAUCUUUCAACAGCACUACCAAUCGCACCAAAUCUUUCAACAACACUACCAAUCGCACCAAAUCUUUCAACAGCACUUUCAAUCGCACCAAAUCUUUCAACAGCACUACCAAUCGCACCAAAUCUUUCAACAGCACUACCAAUCGCACCAAAUCUUUCAACAACACUACCAAUCGCACCAAAUCUUUCAACAGCACUUUCAAUCGCACCAAAUCUUUCAACAGCACUACCAAUCGCACCAAAUCUUUCAACAGCACUUCCAAUCGCACCAAAUCUUUCAACAGCACUUUCAAUCGCACCAAAUCUUUCAACAGCACUACCAAUUGCACCAAAUCUUUCAACAGCACUUCCAAUCGCACCAAAUCUUUCAACAGCACUUCCAAUCGCACCAAAUCUUUCAACAGCACUACCAAUCGCACCAAAUCUUUCAACAGCACUACCAAUUGCACCAAAUCUUUCAACAGCACUACCAAUCGCACCAAAUCUUUCAACAGCACUACCAAUCGCACCAAAUCUUUCAACAACACUACCAAUCGCACCAAAUCUUUCAACAGCACUUUCAAUCGCACCAAAUCUUUCAACAGCACUACCAAUCGCACCAAAUCUUUCAACAGCACUUCCAAUCGCCCCAAAUCUUUCAACAGCACUACCAAUCGCACCAAAUCUUUCAACAGCACUUCCAAUCGCAUCAAAUCUUUCAACAGCACUUCCUAUCGCACCAAAUCUUUCAACAGCACUACCAAUCGCACCAAAUCUUUCAACAGCACUUCCAAUCGCACCAAAUCUUUCGACAGCACUACCAAUCGUUUCAAAUCUUUCAACAGCACUAACAAUCGUAUCAAAUUUUUCAACAGCACUUCCGAUCGCAUCAAAUCUUUCAACAGCACUACCAAUCGCACCAAAUCUUUCAACAGCACUACCAAUCGCAUCAAAUCUUUCAACAGCACUACCAAUCGUAUCAAAUCUUUCAACAGCACUUCCAAUCGCACCAAAUCUUUCAACAGCACUACCAAUCGCACCAAAUCUUUCAACAGCACUACCAAUCGCACCAAAUCUUUCAACAGCACUACCAAUCGCACCAAAUUUUUCAACAGCACUUCCAAUCGCACCAAAUCUUUCUACAGCACUACCAAUCGCACCAAAUCUUUCAACAGCACUACCAAUCGCACCAAAUCUUUCAACAGCAAUUCCAAUCGCACCAAAUCUUUCAACAGCACUACCAAUCGUUUCAAAUCUUUCAACAGCACUAACAAUCGUAUCAAAUCUUUCAACAGCACUUCCGAUCGCAUCAAAUCUUUCAACAGCACUACCAAUCGCACCAAAUCUUUCAACAGCACUACCAAUCGUAUCAAAUCUUUCAACAGCACUUCCAAUCGCACCAAAUCUUUCAACAGCACUUCCAAUCGCACCAAAUUUUUCAACAGCACUUCCAAUCGCACCAAAUCUUUCAACAGCACUUCCAAUCGCACCAAAUUUUUCAACAGCACUUCCAAUCGCACCAAAUCUUUCUACAACAAUACCAAUCGCACCAAAUCUUUCAACACCACUUUCAAUCGCACCAAAUCUUUCAACAGCACUUCCAAUCGCACCAAAUCUUUCAACAGCACUUCCAAUCGCACCAAAUCCUUCAACAGCACUACCAAUCGCACCAAAUCUUUCAACAGCACUACCAAUCGCACCAAAUCUUUCAACAGCACUACCAAUCGCACCAAAUCUUUCAACAGCACUUCCAAUCGCAUCAAAUCUUUCAACAGCACUACCAAUCGUUUCAAAUCUUUCAACAGCACUAACAAUUGUAUCAAAUCUUUCAACAGCACUUCCGAUCGCAUCAAAUCUUUCAACAGCACUACCAAUCGCACCAAAUCUUUCAACAGCACUACCAAUCGUAUCAAAUCUUUCAACAGCACUUCCAAUCGCACCAAAUCUUUCAACAGCACUUCCAAUCGCACCAAAUUUUUCAACAGCACUUCCAAUCGCACCAAAUCUUUCAACAGCACUUCCAAUCGCACCAAAUCUUUCAACAGCACUUCCAAUCGCACCAAAUUUUUCAACAGCACUUCCAAUCGCACCAAAUCUUUCUACAACAAUACCAAUCCACCAAAUUUUUCAACACCACUUCCAAUCGCACCAAAUCUUUCAACAGCACUACCAAUCGCACCAAAUCUUUCAACAGCACUUCCAAUCGCACCAAAUUUUUUAAAAGCACUUUAAAUCGCACCAAAUCUUUCAACAGCACUUCCAAUCGCACCAAAUCUUUCAACAGCACUACCAAUCGUUUCAAAUCUUUCAACAGCACUACCAAUCGCACCAAAUCUUUCAACAGCACUUCCAAUCGCACCAAAUCUUUCA